AUGGACGCAGCCAGCGACGGCAUGCGCUUGCCCUACGACGUGCUCCUCGACAUCCUCCGCCGCCUGCCAGGGCGCGACGUUUGUGCAUCCCAGUGCGUGUGCCGCGCGUGGCGCGACAUCAUCAACGAUGAUCAUUGGCUCUCCCUUGAGCGCUACUUCCCUCGGCGCGCCUUUCCCGGACUCUUCGUCAACAAGACUGGGUGCCGCUCCGAUACGUCCUUCUUCGCACCGCCGGCCACCCGCGGCGCGUCUGGCUUCCGGGGACCCGUCUACCCGCACCGGGCGAUAGUAUUCCAGUCCUGCAACGGCCUCCUCUUCCUCGAGGAGUGGGACUAUUAUGUGCUCAACCCGGCGACGGCACGGUAUGCCCGUUUGCCGCGGCCGUCGAAGCCGUGGUGCAGCUAUGGCGUAUCCUUGGCUUUCGACCCUGCCGUGUCGCUGCACUACCAUGUUUUCCUCUUUCCGAAGGGUGGUCUGCUCAAGGAGCCAUUAAUGGCCACUAGCACGCAAGGUCAGGUUCCGCCAUUCGGGGAAGCACACGCGGAGGAGUUCGAGGAGCCCAAGAAAAAUGUGUUAUCAAUGUUAAUGUACUCGUCAUGCACAGGGCGGUGGGAGGACCGAGAGUUCAUGCCUGGACUUUGUGCGCCGGGGCACCUCUACGACAUAGUUGACAGAACACCUGAGAGGUACGAGGGUCCAUUUCAUUCAUCUAAUUACUGGCGUGGGUCUCUCUACAUACAUUGCCACAACAGCGUCCUUGUGAUUCUACGCCCCUCAAAGGAAACUUAUGAUAUGCUCCAGCUUCCCGGAGAACCCUGCGGUCCAAAAAGCUUGUACUCGCUUCCCGGAAAUUCGGUCUUAGCAAGCUAUGAGAGAGGGGUACAUUAUGUGGUGACUAACAAUUCAGAGCUUCGAGUAUGGAUGCUAACCGAAUUGACCAAUGGACAACUAGGUUGGGCAUUGGCACACGACGCCGGCCUCAACCUACAUGGCCAUAUGAUUCGUACUCUUAAAAUACAAUCCAAUAUGAUAUGGAGGAUUGUUGGAAGCAAUGGUGGACCAGUCAGCCUGUCCGACGAUGAUGCAGAGGACGAUUGGGCCACACCACAUGACUCUGAAUAUCCAUGGGACUCAGAUGAGGACAACUUCAUCGACAUGGUUGGGGGCGCCGACCAUCAUGAGUCGGUAGAACAGGAUGCCUACUGCACUAUCAUGGGAUUCCAUCCACACAAGAAUGCACUCAUCCUCGAUCUUAACGGUGCGGUGGUAGUGUACCAUCUCGACACGUCGAGGAUGCAGUAUCUAGGAGACGCGGACGAGCUUGAUAAAGACAAUUCGCAAGCAGCUUGUUGUGUCGAGGAUUCGUUCAUUUACCGCCCUUGCUAUAAGGACAUGCUGCCAACAGGGAAAUUACCCAUGCCACCUUAA